AUGACGACCGAUGCACUCGCUCUGAUGGCAGUUGCCCUUGCAGAAGCCAGCCCAGGAGGGGUCCCGUGGAGCCAGGUCCCAGCCCUGCUCCGAGCCGUCUCGGCGCUGGCUGGGCCCGCGGCUUCCUCGUCGACAUCACUCGUGCAGCGCCGGAGGCGGCGCCGUUCGGGGGCCUCGGAGUCUCUCCCUCAGCCUGGACGUGCUCCUGCCUCCUUGAGGCCGCGGCAGCAGCAGGCAUUCCGACGUUCGCAGCGGCAGUCGUCGCGCCUUCCGCCGUUGGGGCGUCGCCUCGCACCCCAGUCGCAGCAGACACCGCCGCCGCCAGCACGGUCGGCGACACCGGCGCCGCAGCAUCGCUCCUCGGUGAACCAUGUUCCUCCGUCCCCUCCUCCGCCCGCUCAGGUCCCUCAGUCUGUGUCGGGCCCCUCGUCAUUCCAUCAGUACUCAUUCCAAGGCCCCCCUGUGCAGCACCCAUGGGUUCCAGUAACGCCUCCUGCCCCGCCGCCCCCUCAAGCCGUGCUUCCUGGUCAGCCUCCAACUCUCGUCGAGCAGCGCGUGAUGCACGUGGGGGCUUGCUUGACGCUCUUGUCGUACGUGCUAGACCAGCUUCACGUGACUCUGGUGCAGCAGGGGGUGCAGAUCGGGGCAAUGCAGCCAGCGGAGCAGACGGAGGCAGUGGCGGCAGCGGAGGAGUUGCAGCAUUACCUCCCGCUGAUUGGCUUUGUGCCGGGCUCCCCCGGGGCUGCCCUCGGGCCCGGCCCUGGAGCUUUGGCACGGCUUGCCGAGUCUGCCCAGGAGGACCCUCUCGACCUUGUAGCCGCUGCCGCGUCCGUCCUACGCUGGUUGGACGGGCGGCUUUGCUGGAUCCUGGUUGAGUAG